AUGACUGCAGAGACGAGAGCACUCGAACUUUUAUUUCCCUACCAUGAUGAGGAAGCCUUCAGUUCGGGAAGACUGUAUGUGACUCACAUCAUCCAUCGCGACUACCCUGGUAGUCUUUCGGCCUACCUCAAGGCGAAAGGCUGGACACUUCGAAAGACCUAUGUGAGGAUUGAGAAGGUAUGCCCUGGCUCGGGCUAUGUCAGCAUUGAAGUCGAACUGACAGUCGAUGGUCUCAUGAAGUACAAGGAGGUCGCCCAGGUCAUCUUCCAGUAUCUUGCCAUGGUCGAAAAGCAGCAGCCACAAGAGUUGAUCAUAGAUGAGUGGAUUUGCGGGAGCAAGCGUCACUUUUAUCAUCGGCAAAAGUCUUCCCCCAGUUCCACCACAAAGUCUCUGUCCACGAGCAUGCGGAGAUCCUCUGAUCACAGGCGACUUCUUAGCGGUCUCACCUUUGUCCAUGAAUUCGAUGUCAAACUUAUCAGCAAAGCCUCAUCAGUCCUCCGCCCUCACGAUAUCAACAUCCAGCUUUACAGCAAAUGCAUACCCAAAGGUUCGAAGGGGAUAGAGACGUGGCAAGGUCUGACGUACAAGGCUGCCAAAAUGCCUGCAGAUCUUGUGCAAGGGCUGCAGGAAGCGUUUGAGAACAAAGAGAGGCUCAGCGAGUUGCAUCUAAACUUCCGCAACAAUCUGAUGCCAAGUAAAUGGGUCUUGAAACAACCAAUGGACGAUCAGGUCAAUUCUCUUCGCGGUGACAAAAUGAGUGCUUCACACGAAUGGCAGGAGUUGGAACCCUCACAACAAGCAAGGGUUUAUCUCAGGGCUUUUGUUUCGGAUCAAUCUCACAUUGAGAUCUUUGCUCUUGGCAAUAUCAUCGAGGAGGUUGUGCUCAAGAUCGCGAAAUCAGUACCUACGACUGUGAUACCUAUGACACCUGUCCCACAUUACUCAAGCUGGAAACCUAGUACCAAUUUCUGCUUCCAGAAGGAGUCUCCGACAGCAGGAUCUGGAAGUUGCUGGGUAUAUGCCUUAUAUGUCGGACUUGCAGAUGAUAGCGACGUCCGCGCACAUCUCUGUCUGGCUCGACAGCUACUUUCCGAACCAUGCAGGCAGUUUUUCGAGGGCAGAUAUCGAGGGCCAGAUCGUGCAGACGUAGAGAAGUGGAUAACAAGCGAAGACGGCUGGGAGGACUCUUAUGUCAUUGUCAGUAGCGGACGAACUUCUGAGGUCGUUGAAGCUGACAUCGAGAGCUUUCUAGUGUCUUUCGAGACGACACUUCAUGAAAUGAGUGGAGCGGAGAUCAAGCACCACAAGAAUGCAGUGAGUGGACUUUUCCAAGAUGCCGACGAGGUUUAUACGGAUGCUGAUCGAUUCUUCGGCGGUAAAAUUGGGGACAAGAAAUGGUCUGCACCAGAUGCCCCCAAAGUCGUCGCGGAUCGUAUCGCUACACUCGACAAGAGAGAUAUUGAAGCUUUUUGCUCUCGCUUUUUCUCAUCAGCUUCUUCACAUCGAGCUAAAUUGUCUGUACAUCUGAAUGCGCAGCGCAACCGAAAAUCCUCCGCAUCUGACGAUCCGGCCAAGUCAAGCACCGAACACGCAGACUGA